GCAGAUAUAAACGGCAAGGGAUGUCUUGCACCUGAAGUCCCUACAAUAGUCAGCUCCAUCUACUUUAGAAUGGCGGAAGAGGCAGAGCAGGGCAUCCGAGUCAUUAUAAACACCACACCCAACCGAGUAUUUGGAGAUCACGAGGAACCGGUACUUGCAGUCGCAGUUUUCCCUGAUAUGCGACGGAUGAUUACAGGUUCGGGAGACAAGACACUUCGUCUUUGGGACCUGAAGGAUGGCGUAGUAUUAAAGAUAAUGGAGGGACAUUGCGACUGGGUUGGGGCAGUGGCGAUAUCACGAGACGGGAGAUUAAUAGCAAGUGGUGAUGAGAAGGGGAUGCUCAUUAUCUGGGACGGGGACACUGGGGAACCUCUAACCCAAUCCUUCCAAGCUCAUUCUGCUCACUCUGGCAUUGAUUCAUUGGAUUUUUCUCCAGAUGGCGCGGCGUUGGCUACUGGCGGAUGGGACAAAAAAACGAAACUGUGGAUCACAAAAACGUGGCGGUUGCAAGGAAAACCUCUCAAUUGUCGUGAUUAUGUCAACUGCGUUCGGUAUUCACCAUCUGGCGAACAUCUUGCCAUUGCGACACUCGGGGACAUUCAAAUAUGGGAUACGAACACUAGGGAAUGCAUUAAAAUCUUCGAGGGCCAUGCGGCUCAUACGUCGCUCAGUCGAACAAGCAUUAGACCAUUCAACAAGUCACUCGCAUGGACGCCCGAUGGUAAACGCCUUCUUUCAGCAGGCACAAAUGCCGAUGCUACCAUACGAGAGUGGGACACAACGAGUUGGGAGCAGGUUCAAGGGAGUCCCUGGAAAGGGCAUGAUAAGCAAAUCUGCGCCAUUGCAGUCAACUCUGCUGCUACCCUGGUCGCCUCCGCAUCGUAUGACAAUGAUGUUCGUCUUUGGCAGCUCUCAAAUGGGCAAACUAUUGCCAUAUUCCGACACUCUGAUUGGAUGCGUUGCGUCACUUUUUCCCUGGAUGGUGAGCACAUUCUUAGUGGAGGCGGGAAUAAGAAGAUAUCAGAGUGGACAGUGCCAGAAGAUGUUUUACCUCCUUCCAAAAAUAUCGCUAUAAGUACGACAGCCCGCAAAGCAUGUAUAUCUGGUGAUUUGCUUCUCGCUGAAGAGCUGCUAACACAAGAGAUCGAUUCCGAUCCCAACAACCAUAUCCCUUAUGCCAGCCGUUCAUUUGUCAUGGCGCGAAAACACAAUUGGGACCACGCGCUUCGCGAUGCACUUAUGUCUAUCAGAAUCCAGCCCUCCUUAACAGGCUACACCUCUAAAGGCAUCGCCCUCUGCGGAAAAAAGCACUUCAAAGACGCGAUGAGGGCAUUUGACCUCGCAUCCAUGUUUACCGACGGAGACUUGAAGACCAUUCAUCGUCUUCUCUUAAUCAAGGCUAUCGCAACUUUCAAUGCAAAUCAUUACGAGGAUGCAAUUCUGCGUGUCCAAGAGCUAGCUGCCUCUUGUCCUGACGCCGAUAAUCUUGCAUGUGGUAUCGUAGAAGCGUAUCUACAUGUUCAACUUGGAAUCAAUGCAUCGAACGGCACGCGUCACGACGAAGCUGCUGACCACUUCGCAGCGGCUGUCAACGGUGGUACUUGUUGGUCUAAAUCAGUUCUUCGAUCUCAAUAUGUGGACUUCGUGGUGCUCUUCGGAUGGGACCUCAAGUCUUUGUGGCGAACGGCAAACGAACACCUGUGUCACGCACUCCUUCACGCAGGUAGACUUCCGGAAGCCGUUGAAUCGUACAGACACAUGAUGGAUAUGAGUGAUGAUACCACGAAAGCCAGCUGCCUUCGUUGGUCCACUGCUUUCAAGCAAAAAUGCAGCACACUCUAUGCUACGAACGGAGACGUUGCACUCGCUGCGAGUGAUUACGACAUGGCUAUUCUUCUAUAUUCGAAGGCGAUUGAGCUAGAUCACGCAAAUGAAAUCAUAUUUGCCAACUGCACCAAGGCAAAGUUGAAAAAAGCGCUGUGGGAGGAAGCACUUGUCGAUGCCCAAAAGGUCAUCGAACUUGACCCAUCGUCUCAUAUCGGAUACCAGUUGAAGCAUGAAGCGUUUCGUGGCGCGCGGCGCUAUGACGAAGCAAUCGAGGCCUUCCAAAUCAUGCUUUCUAAGUUGGAUAAUUCUCCAGAGACACAAAUACGAAAACUGCGUCAGCAGUAUCUCACCCCACCCGAAGCGGACGGUGCUAUCCGAAAGAGCAUCCAGGUUCAAAUGGAAAAUGCUCCACUUCGUCUACUCAACACUUCCACUGGGCACUUGUGCGAUCGAGAUGCACAGAUUGUUUCUUUCAAAUCAAGCACGAAUUACAAGGAGCUGUUGUUAUCGACGAUGAAGCAUGAAGACUUCCGCAUGGAACGCAUUAAAAAAUCAAUUGCAAUGUACUUCCGUUAUGUUAUGCUAUCCCAUAGGUGGGAAGAGAAGGAGCCCCUGCUGUACGAUAUCCAGGAGAAGGUCGUGUAUAGAUUGAAUCCGGUUGGAGGCGUCGUGAAGUUGCAGUCAUUCUGCAAAUUUGCUCGCAAGGCAGGUUAUCGCUGGGCAUGGGUGGACACAUGUUGCAUUGACCAAAAUAACAACGUCGAACUCCAAAAAUCACUCAAUUCCAUGUUUGCCUGGUAUCGGCGAUCAGCACUCACGAUCGUCUACCUGUCGGAUGUUCCGCCUUUGUCAAAGUCUGGCACAUUGGCAAAGAGCGCUUGGAACACGCGAGGAUGGACCGUUCCGGAAUUUCUUGCUCCCAAAGUUGUUCUUUUUUACCAAUCCGACUGGACCAUGUAUCUCGACGACCGCUCUCCCAAUCACAAGGAGUCUGCUGCAAUCAUGCAGGAGUUGGGGGAUGCGACGGGCAUAGAUCCACGGGCCCUCGUCGCCUUCCGCCCGGGGAUGAGAGGAGCCCGAGAGAAACUCCGAUGGGCGUCAACACGUGUCACCACUUUGCAGGAGGACAUCGCUUAUUCGUUAUUUGGCAUAUUCGGCAUUCACUUACCUAUAAUUUACGGUGAGAUGAAGGAGAACGCACUCGGGCGACUCUUGCAGGAGGUCGUGGGUCGAUCGGGCGACAUCACCGCCCUCGACUGGGUUGGAACAUCAUCCGAGUUCAAUAGUUGUCUGCCAGCCAACAUCACAUCGUACGAAGCUCCGCCAUGCAUGCUACCAUCUCUCUCCGAGGACGAUAUUCAGACAUCAGUCGCGACUUUACGAAGUGUUGGGGUUGUAGAGUUGGCUUUGAGAUUAUACACCACACUCGACAACCUGAGCGCCCCUCGUUUCUCCCACCGCCGGCUGCAUCUGCCUUGUAUCGCAUUUCCUAUCACAGAAGUCAGACGGAGACACAGCCAAGAUCAGGAGAUACCCAUAUAUGAAGUCAAGACAGACGGGCUUGGUGACUUGCUGAUCACCACAGAAGAUAGGCUGAUUCCGUUUUUGCCGACAAGGCCCCUAGCCCCUUGGCAGACGUUCUUGCUUGCCCGUCCGUGGAAUCGUGACCUCCUCGAGCUGCCGAAUCCUUCGGAUGAUAUGCAGAGCAUGGAAAAUUUGGCUGCUCCUAGUUCUCCGUUACUCGAUACCUCUCUUGGGGAAAACAAGCUGGUUGAUACUAAUCCUCAUUCGCGAGCAUUACGAUUGAUUGUCCGUCUUGGACAACCAUUUAGCGCAUUUUUGUUAGCACGGCAGCACAGCGGAGAAUACAAGAGAAUCGCUUCAAAUCGCGACAUUGUUGCGCAAGUUAAAGACAUGACUUCUGUUCGCGACAUGAUGGACAUCAGGACACUAGAAAUAUCGUAGAUAUAUGAACAGACGCUUCAGCUCCUACAUUGACAGUACCUGUAUAUACACACUGAGUAAUCGCAUACAACCCCUUAUAUUUGCA